CGGAGGGUGGAAGGCGGCCGCGGCGCCCGGAUGGAGAGACAGUGCCAAGGCUGAGGAGGGUGGUCCUGGGUGGGCGUCCAGGAACAGGCCCCCACCAAGCCAAAGCCCGGGAGACGGGGUUCCCGAGUACAGACCUCGAGGCCGUCCCUUACCAAGGCCCUGGAAAUAGGGAUCCUGGACAGACUCCCCCCAGAAUAUCAAGGACAGGGCUACAGAGAUUCUAGGUACAACUCUCUAGGCAAGGUUUUGGGGAUGGGGUCCAAGACACAGCCUCCAUAUGAAGGCCUCCAGGAGGCAAUCCCUGCCUGAGAGGAUCUCUAAGCCCAGCAGCCCCCUAGGCAAGGUCUAUAAGGAUGGGGUCCCUGGGUGCAGCUUUCCCACCAAGCCAAGGCCUGGGGGAAUUCCAGGCACAGUCUGCCCCCAAGCCUCAGGGGCAUCCUGGGCACAGCAUUCCACCCCCCCAAACCUUGGGCGGCGUCCCAGGUAUAGCCCCUUCUCAAAACAAGGUCCCCGUGCCUGGGACUCUAUCCAACCCCAGCCUGAAUAAAAUAAGAAUUUAAGGUAACCUCCUGUCCCCCCCACCCCAGGCUUGGCCAAGGGUCCCAGGGCACAGGUCCCUAGGCCACCCCCUUUGUCCCCAGGGCUGCUCAGCUGUCCGAGAGAGAGGCCCCACCCGCAGACAAUGCGCCACCUCCCCCUCCCAGCCCUGGCCCCCCAAGCUCCAGGAUCCAGGCCCGGCUGGGGGCGGCUCCCCAGGGACCCCGUGCAGCCGUGCAGCGUGCAGCAUCCGUGGUGUUAGCGGCUUUGUGUGUGGUACCUGGGGGGAAGGGGGAAAGCAAGUGAUCGGGAGGUGGCUAGGAGUGUGACCCUGUGUUUGUGACUGGCUGUGUUCAUGUGUGCAUGCGCUGCAGCUGGCGACUGUGAGGAAUCCUGUGUCGUGUGUCUGUGUGCGUGCUUGUGGUUGUAUGUGGUGGUGUCUGUGAUUGUGUUUGUGUGUGACCUCAGUAUUUGUGUGACUGUAUGUGUGUAUGACAGCCGCUCACUGUGCAGUCCCCUGUACUUUUUAGUCUGCAUGGUUGUGACUGUGUGGUUAUGUCUGUGAUUGUCUUUUGUGACCUGUUUGUGUGCUUUGGUAACUAUAACUGGAUAUGUGACAGUAUAUGUGUUGAGUCUGGGGUUGGGCAUGUGUGUGACUGACAGGGUGUAGGCGGAGUUGUGACUGUGUGUGUAAGUGGAAUUGUGUCUAUGACUCCACGUCUGCGUGUGACUCUCCCAGUGACUGAGAAUGUUUGUGGUUGUAUCUAUAACUGAUUUCAUAUAUAUGAGUGACAUACAACUGUCUGCAGCUCUGAGUGUGUGACUGCCAUUGUAUCUGAAGUUACAUCUAUGGGACUGGGGUUGUGUAUGACAGAGGUUGUAUAUGCUUAACCAUGUCUGUGUGUGUGACUGAGGUUGUAUAAAUGACUUUAUAUCUAGCUGUGUCGUGUGUAAUACCGAGUGAUUCUGUGUAUUUAUAGUCUUGUAUGUGUGAUUUGGGUUAUAAAUUUGAGUUGGUGUCCGAAACACUGGCUACUUUAAGGGGUUAUUUAAUUGUGUGUCACUCAAGCUAUGGACAUGUCUAUGUGUGCUGAUGCCAGGUAACUGUGUGUGUUUGUGGGGGUGUGUAUGUGACUGUGGCUUCUAUAUUCCUGUGUGUGACCCUGGGUGACUGUGCCUAUAUCUGUGUCAUAGUCUGUGAGAGUGUGGCUGUUUUUGUCUGUGUGUGUAUGUGCUGGAUUACCUGUGUUUGAACUUGUGUGAUUUGGUGCUGAGGGAACUGGACCCUGGUUGCACACGUGGCUUUGUCAGGGACCAGGUCUUCUUAUAAACCCGGCACUAAAUGGCACGUCUGGGCUACAGCAUUUGUGUGUAUACACCCAACUGUGUCCUUGUGAUAUGGAAAAUUAAAACUGUGUGCUUAUUUCUCGGUGUGUGAGAUAUUCUGUGUGUAGGUGGGGCUGUGACUUUGUGCACCUGUCCACACAGGGCUGUGAUUAUAUGUGGCCACAUACUUGCCUAUGUGACUUGUGUAUCUGCAUGAAGGAAAAAACGUAUGUUUCUCUGUGAUGGUGUGACAUGGUAUGGCUGUGUGGGGGACACUUGGUGAUGAUAUUAUGACCAGCAUAGAUGGCUGGGGAAUGUGCGCACUGGUGCUGUGAGACUGUGCUUGCAGGACCACUUCUGGAAUGUUUCUGGAUAUGUCUGAGGGUAGCCGUCCUUGGGGAUCGUGGUUUCUGGGUGGUGACAUGCUGUGCCUUGUGUGUGUAUGAUGCACAGGGCUACGGCCAUCAGUAUCUCAGUGAGUGUGUAUCGAAGACUGUCCUUGUAAGUGUGGCUGUCACCGGAGACUCACUGGUGCUGCAACCAAAUGUGAGUAUGUACGACUGGGUACGUGUGAUAGCAUAUGACCCCAUGAAAGCUGUGCUGGUGUGACUGAUGCACUUGAAGCUGAAGGUCCACGUGCAGCUGUGGCUGUGUGUGGUCUGUGGUCCGCCUGUGUCAUCUAGUACCAGAUGUCAGUGUGCGACAGUGGAGAUACAUGUGGCGAGUGUGUGUAGCUAUGAUUGUGUCAUUAUUGACAUUAUUGGGUGUGAUUCUGUCUGGGUGGGCCUGUGACGUGGGUACCUUGGGUGGGUGCCUGAGGAAACAUGAUUGUCAUGGGGUGUGGUUGUACUCUUGUUGCUCUGGUGUGUGUGGCUGGGCCCAGUUCUUUGUAUGUGGCUAAGAAAAUGGAAGUGACCAAAUAUUAGUAGCUGGUGUGACCAGGUGUAUGGUGGGGCCACAGCGGGCUGGGACACUCUUACAAGUAUGUGGGCAAAUGUCUGUAGUACAGACUGUGUGUGUCUGUGAACGUGAACAUGUGGCCAGAUGUUUAUAGUGGCAGCUUUCUGUGUUUGUGACCAUUUCUGUGUCUCUGUGCAAUCUGAGGUAUGUAGUGAUAGUGUCUGUGUGUAACCAAGAGUGAAGAGCUUUAACCAGGUGCUAGGGACAGCUGUAGACAUGAGUUGGCUACAUAUAGGUGACUGUAUUCUAUAGCCCUGGACAUGUGUCUAGAGAGCAAGGCCACUGUCCUCACACCAUCCCCUUGGUACUGAGGGUCUCUUGAGGCCAGCACAUCCCAAACAAAUUUCCCCCCAACACACCUACUCAUUUCUGGGCCCUUGGAACCAGGUGGCUGAUCUCCUUGGUAACAGUUGCCAUGGCAACUAGGGCUCUCAUCUGGGAGCCUGGAUGGAGGGGGCUGGCUGAAGUCCAAAGGUGUAGUGUGGUAGGGGAUGGAGCCCCACCCCAAACAAACUUCUCAACUUUUCCUCCCUCCCUUGGGCAGGGCGGACCCAGGAGGACUGAGCAGCAUCUGCCCCCAGCCCCUUGUGGGGCCCCGGGGCCCCUUGAAACCUCCAGGACGGAGCCAGACGGGGCGGGCACCAUGAACAAGUUACGGCAGAGCCUGCGGCGGAGGAAGCCAGCGUACGUGCCGGAGGCGUCGCGCCCGCACCAGUGGCAGGCGGACGAGGACGCGGUGCGCAAGGGCACGUGCAGCUUCCCGGUCAGGUACCUGGGCCACGUGGAGGUGGAGGAGUCCCGAGGGAUGCACGUGUGUGAAGAAGCUGUGAAGAAGCUGAAGGCGGUGAGUGAGGCCGGAGCGAGGGAGGGGCGAGGACAGAGAGGACAAGGCAGCCCCGACCUGACCAGGUCCCUCUGUCCCCAUCUCUCACCCCAGAUGGGCCGAAAGUCCGUGAAGUCUGUCCUGUGGGUGUCGGCCGAUGGGCUCCGAGUGGUGGAUGACAAGACCAAGGACCUGCUGGUGGACCAGACCAUCGAGAAGGUCUCCUUCUGUGCUCCUGACCGCAACCUGGACAAAGCCUUCUCCUACAUCUGUCGGGACGGGACCACCCGCCGCUGGAUCUGCCACUGUUUCCUGGCGCUCAAGGACUCUGGUGAGAGGCUGAGCCAUGCCGUGGGCUGUGCUUUCGCCGCCUGCCUGGAGCGGAAACAGCGCCGCGAGAAGGAAUGUGGGGUCACGGCUGCCUUCGACGCCAGCCGCACCAGCUUCGCCCGCGAAGGCUCCUUCCGCCUGUCGGGGGGCGGGCGGCCCGCCGAGCGCGAGGCCGCGGACAAGAAGAAAGCAGAGGCAGCUGCUGCUCCCACUGCGGCUCCCGGCCCUGCCCAGCCGGGGCACGUGUCCCCGACACCAGCCACCACAUCCCCUGGUGAGAAGGGCGAGGCCGGCACCCCGGUGGCUGCAGGCACCACUGCAGCUGCCAUCCCCCGGCGCCAUGCCCCUCUGGAGCAGCUGGUUCGCCAGGGCUCCUUCCGCGGGUUCCCAGCGCUGAGCCAGAAGAACUCGCCUUUCAAACGGCAGCUGAGCCUCCGGCUGAAUGAGCUGCCGUCCACGCUGCAGCGGCGCACUGACUUCCAGGUGAAGGGCACAGUGCCUGAGAUGGAGCCUCCUGGUACCAGUGACAGCGAUGGCAUCAAUGCUUUGUGCACACAGAUCAGCUCGUCCUUUGCCAGUGCUGGCGCACCAGCAGCAGGGCCACCAUCUGCCACAACAGGGACUUCUGCCUGGGGGGAGCCCUCCGUGCCCCCUGCAACUGCCUUCCAGCCUGGGCACAAGCGGACACCUUCGGAGGCUGAGCGAUGGCUGGAGGAGGUGUCCCAGGUGGCCAAGGCCCAGCAGCAGCAGCAGCAGCAGCAGCAGCAAGCAGCCUCGGUGCCCCCAGUGCCCACCAUGCCCCCUGCCCUACAGCCUUUCCCCGCCCCCGUGGGGCCCUUUGACACGGCACCUGCCCAGGUGGCCAUGUUCCUGCCGCCCCCACACAUGCAGCCCCCUUUCGUGCCCGCCUACCCAGGCUUGGGCUACCCGCCCAUGCCCCGGGUGCCCGUGGUGGGCAUCACACCCUCGCAGAUGGUGGCCAACGCCUUCUGCUCAGCCGCCCAGCUCCAGCCUCAGCCUGCCACCCUGCUUGGGAAAGCUGGGGCCUUCCUGCCCCCUGCUGCACCCAGUGCCCCUGGGGGCCAGGCCCACCCACGUCCCAACGGGGCCCCCUGGCCCCCAGAGCCAGCGCCCGCCCCAGCCCCUGAGUUGGACCCCUUUGAGGCCCAGUGGGCAGCAUUAGAAGGCAAACCUGCUGUAGAGAAGCCUUCCAAUCCCUUUUCUGGUGACCUGCAGAAGACCUUCGAGAUUGAACUGUAGCGCGAGCUGCCCUGUCCACCCCAUCAUCUCCAGGUGCCCCACGCCUGGGAGUGGAGCCACAACCUCUCCCCUACUCCUGCUCCCUGGGGCUCUGCCUCUCAGCACCCCCUCAACACCCCUUCUCUCAGCUACCCCCAACACUACAGAACCAACAUUGUGACGCCCUGGUUGCAACGGGAUGGAAUUCAGGGACGCACCCAGCCUGGCUAAGGGAGCCAUUUCACUGCCGGACUUCGGCUGGCAAUGCCCUCUCCCACCCCAGACCCAGGGGAGGGCCACAGUCCCUCUGAAUGCCCUCGGCUCACGCCACAUUUCCCAGUUUCUGUUGUUGACCUUCCACCUUCCAGUGUUGGGCAGGAUGGAGGAGGGAUGCCUAUUUAGGGGCUCUCCUGGCCCCCACACGCGUGCCCACCCCAAGUCUGAUCGUCUCCUCCCCCCAUACACAGCACAAGCUAAGGGCUCCCCUCUGCCCACUGCUGCGUUCACUGCCAAUGCUGUGCUCACCCCCAUCGCCUCCCCCACUCUGGGGCCCAGGUCUCAGGGGGGGCAGGGUCCAAGUUGGGGGCCCAGGAGGUGGGGGAGGGGAAGAAGAUGCUCAGUUACCUCACUUGGUGCCCCCUGGGGAGGGGUCCAGGAAGAAGGGGAAGGGGUGCCUGCUGGGUACUUUUCUAUCUUUUAUUUCCAGAUUUUUUUUGUAUCUAAACUUGCAGAUUUGUAUUAUACAAGGACAGCCAAUAAAGGAAGAAUAUAAUGGUGCCCCUCUCGGGAGCA